CGAGCAUUCCUUGAAAAUAACUGGACACCUUAGAACGUUGGUCAACCAAUCAGAUUCUAGCAUUCAUGUUCGCCAUUUUAACAACCAGAAUCUAUUCUUUAAAAUAACGAGUAUCAGCGUGUUUAAUGGGAACCUUUGUAAUGAAUUUGCGUGUGGCUUCUUGAAAGAGUGUUCGAGAUCAGAUUCUGUUUCAACUGUUCAGAUUCAUCAUGGAUGACACACAAACAUCCAGAGAUGAAGAUGUUUCUCCAGAAUGCAGUUCAGUUCAUCAGAAGAGAUCAGAACCAGAGCCCAACUGUGUGUCUAUGAGGAGUGACGAGUCUAUAGGUCGUAUAAUAGGGUUUAAGAGUGGAGAUACACAGACUGAUCUCAGUUCAGUUGAUCAGAAGAGAUCAGAACCAGAGCCCAGCUGUGUGUCUAUGAGGAGGUCUGUGGAUUGGCUAAUAGAUUUUAAGAAUGGAGAUACACAGACUGAUCUCAGCCAUGAAGUCCUCCACACGUUUAGAUCAAAUCUGAUGAAGAAGUUUGAGUGUCUGUAUGAGGGAACAGCAAAGCAGGGAAACCCAACACUCCUGAAUGAGAUCUACACAGAGCUCUACAUCACAGAGAGUGAGAGUGGAGAGAUCAGUGAUGAACAUGAGGUGAGACAGAUUGAGACACAAUCCAGGAGAGCAGCAGCAGAGGACACACCGAUCCAAUGCAGGCACAUCUUUAGACCUUUACCUGGACAAGACAAACCCAUCAGAACUGUGCUGACAAAGGGAGUCGCUGGCAUUGGAAAAACAGUCUCUGUGCAGAAGUUCAUCCUGGACUGGGCUGAAGGGAAAGAGAAUCAGGACGUCCAGCUCAUAUUUCCACUUCCUUUCAGAGAGAUCAAUUUGAUGAAGGACAAAACACUCAGUCUUUCAGAUCUUCUUCAUGUCUUUUUCCCUGAAACAAAAGAAAUGGAAAUAUCCAGUGACAAAUAUAAAGUGUUGUUCAUCUUUGAUGGUCUGGGCGAGUGUCGUCUGUCUCUGGAUUUUCAGAGCGAUGUGAGGUUGUGUGAUGUAAAUGAAUCAGCCUCAGUGGACGUGCUGCUGAUGAACCUCAUUACGGGGAAUUUGCUUCCCUCUGCUCUCAUCUGGAUCACCUCCAGACCAGCAGCAGCUGAUCUCGUCCCCUCUGAGUGUGUCCAUCGAGUGACAGAGGUACGAGGCUUCAAUGAUCCACAGAAGGAGGAAUACUUCAGGAAGAGAAUCAGUGAUCAGAGUCUGGCCAAUACAAUCAUCACACACCUGAAGUCAUCAAGGAGCCUCUACAUCAUGUGCCACAUCCCAGUGUUCUGCUGGAUCUCAGCCGCUGUUCUAGAGAAGAUGUUGAGCGAAGCAGAGAGUGGAGAGAUUCCCAAGACUCUCACUCAAAUGUACACACACUUCCUGAUCCUUCAGACUGACAUCAAACAUGAGAAGGACUAUGAGAAGAACGUGACAGAUGAAGACAUGAUCCUCAAACUGGGGAAAGUGGCUUUUCAUCAGCUUGUGAAAGGCAAUGUGAUCUUCUAUGAGGAAGACCUGAGAGAGUGUGGCAUUGAUGUGACAGAAGCAUCAGUGUACUCAGGAUUGUGCACUCAGAUCUUCAGAGAGGAGUUUGGCUGGUAUCAGGGGAAAGUCUUCUGCUUUGUUCAUCUGAGCGUUCAGGAACAUCUAGCGGCUCUAUAUGUGCACCUCUCCUUCACUAACAGCAACAUAAAUGUGUUUGACCAAAUCACCAAACAGAGUUUGUGGUCUAAAGUUAUGGCCUGGUUUUAUAAUGUUUCAUUAUCUGAUCUCCAUCAGAGAGCUGUGAAUGAGGCUCUACAGAGUAAAAAUGGACAUCUGGACCUUUUCCUGCGGUUUCUUCUGGGUCUGUCAGUGGAGUCUCAGCAGAUUCUCCUACAAAGACUAAUGAAACAGACAAGCAUCAGAUCUGACAGCAAUGAGAAAACAGUUGAGUACAUCAAGGAGAAGAUCAGGACCAUUGACUCUCCAGAGAAAUCCAUCAAUCUGUUCCACUGUCUGAAUGAACUGGGUGAUCAUUCACUAGUGGAGGAAAUACAACAGUAUCUGAAAUCUGGAAGAAUAAGAGAAGUCAAACUCUCUUCAUCUCAGUGGUCAGCUGUAGUCUUUGUGUUGUUGACAUCAGAGAAGAAGCUGGAUGAGUUUGAUAUUAAUACAUUUGUUGGAGGAAACAACAACACUGAAAAACUGAAGAUUCUUCAGAAGCUGCUGCCUGUGAUUAAAGAAUCCAGAUCAAUUCAGUUGAAGGAUUGUGAUCUCACAGAUGAAGGUUGUGCUGCUCUGACUUCAGCUCUGAGAUCAAACCCCUCACACCUGAGAGUACUGGAUCUGUCUGGGAAUAAAAUAGGAAAAUCAGUGAAUCUGCUGUCUGAUGUACUACAGGAUCCUCACUGUAAACUGGAGAAACUAUGGUUGAUGUGUUGUGGUGUCACAGAUAAAGGUUGUGCUGCUCUGACUUCAGCUCUGAGAUCAAACCCCUCACACCUGAGACAACUGAAUUUGUCUCAGAAUAAACUAGGACAAUCAGGAGUGAAGAUGCUCUCUGAUCUGAAGGAUGAUCCACAUUAUAAACUGGAGACAUUGUACUAUUGACUUUCAGUAUUUAGAUGUCAGUCCAGUUUCCUCAGGAUCAUCUGAUGGUGAAUAAGGAGCUACAGAGACUGAAGAAAUUUAAUUUAAUAUACAAUUUUAUAUGCAAUGGCCCAUGAAAAUAAGUACUGAAAGUCACCAUAAGCAGUUUGUAAUUGUUCUGGAUACACUAGAUAUUGAUUACAAUGAUGGUGUAACCAGGGAUGGGCAGUAUUUAUGAUGCAUGUAUUUCAAAUACAAAAUAGUAUUUUGUAAUUUGUAUUUGAUAGGGUUGAUGAAAAUGGCUUUGUAUUUUGUAUCAAAAUACUUUAGUGAUUUGUAUUUUUAUAUUUGUAAGAUACUUUAUAAGAAGUCAUGAAAAGUCAUAAAAUUGCGGCCUCUGAUUGGUGCCUACUUAGUAGUUUGCAGAGACUUGUUGCGAUCAGAACAGAAAAUUGAUCCAUAUGAAACAAGGUGGUCAAUAAACGUGCAGGCUGUCAGCUUUCCAUCAA